CAUCCACAAGCUCAUCCCAGCAGGUGGUAAACACGGUGGAACCCUUCCAGCCUCCUACUAUUGCUUUAGUAGCGACACCUCCACAGUGCUACGGUGUCGUAUCAGCUUGUGCUUGGAAAUCAUCACAGCCCAACCUGCCGUGCUCCCUCCUCCUUCCUUAAGCCUUGGACCGACUACAUCCCGUUGCUCGAGUCCCGCCAACCGAAGUGCCAGCGGUUCGGACGGGAGGCUGGAGCUUUCCGCUGGAUGACACGAAUUCCUUACACUUGUCCACGUCCCCGCACAGUGAAAGGAAGAACGUAGCAGCUGGUGUGGAGCUGGUGGUCUUCUCCUCAGAUCAGUGUUGAUGGGGCUCUCCUCCCAGGCUGCUGGCUUCAUCACACCAAUGUGCAUCACUCCUGUUGUUUGAACGAGACACUUACACAGGAUCAGCAGCUAGAACUCAGGAGACAGGAAGGUGAUCCAGAGGAAGAAGAGUAGCCUUCCUCCCUCAGUGGAAGAACAGCUUCCUUCCUGUCCAGCUGUAACAACCACACCUGCACACCAGCCAGCUACAUUCAGUUUUCCAUGUCGAAGUCGGCCCAGAUGCCGCUGUCCAACAUCACGGUGCCAAAGCCCUCCAUCUCCAGGGUGCCCAGCAGCAUGGAGGGCAUCAACCAUGAGCUAGAGAAAGUCUUCAUCAAAGACAACGGAGAGAAGGACGAGCUCAAGUCUCUGGAGGUUCCGGAUGGGCGUCGGGCACCCUUCCCUCCCCAGCAGCGGAGCAGCAGUUCUCGCAGCGUGGACACUCAGACUCCUUCAGCCCCUGGGCGGUCCAGCAGCUGCUCCAGCCUGUCUCCUUGUCCCUCACCAGCCUGUCCUCCAGGGUCACAUGAUGGCAGUCCUUACUCUACAGAGGAUCUGCUGUAUGACCGGGAUAAAGAUAGUGGCAGCAGCUCUCCGCUCCCAAAGUUCGCCUCCUCACCCAAACCAAACAACAGCUACAUGUUCAAGCGCGAGCCGCCGGAAGGCUGUGAGAAGAUCAAAGCCUUCGAGGAGAUGAGCUCCCGGCAGGCGGCGGCGGCAGCGGCCCCCCUCUUCUCCUGCCCCGACAAAAACAAGGUCAACUUCAUCCCGACGGGCUCGGCGUUCUGCCCCGUCAAGCUGCCCGGCUCCCUGCAGCUGGCCCCCGCCUCGUGCCCCGAGGAGGACGACAGCAAUGCCGGGGCCGGCCAAGGUGCUGCCUCGCUCUACGGGACCCCCACUCAGGUUUCCACCAGCACCAGCACAGAUGACCCCCCGGAGGAGCCAGGGUCCCCGUCAGAGACUGCAGACACCCAGUCAGACAGCUAGAGCUGGGCGGGGCCGCCAUCACCACCACUGACUGUCCCACCAGGAGGGCCUCGUCUCUCUGUGCUGGCCCCCUCCACUCCCAUCUUAUCACUGCAUGACGUACAAUGUCCCUUCAUUUCCACCCAGACAGACGCUCGGAGCCGUGUGCAGGGAGCCGCCGGGGGAGGGGCCCUUUCCAGGCGUCCCCAGGAACACCCCAGCACCAUGGAGGGGGGGAGGGGCAUGCAUUUUAAACUGGUAGUAGAUUUCUGAUUAAAUUAUGUGUUGUGUUCUGUUUCAACAUUCACAGUAUGAAUAAGCUGUAAACGUAUCCACAGAUAUAUCCAGACACACAUAGCUCUAUGAAAGACAGGAACAGCUUGGUGAAACCUCUGGACUGGUUUACUGUGACGGAACGAACAGGAACAAUCCGCUGCACUUCAGGAUUCUGUUUACACUAUCAGCUGACAGGAAGCCCUGACUCCAACAGAACACAAUUAGAGCCUAGACCACAGAAAACUGUUACCAUGGCCACAGCCACUGCACAGUGUGUGCAUCUGGUCGUGGUUUCAGGUGUUUCACAAUCAGAUUCUAUACUCAGGUAAAUUGGAAUGUGUGUCCAUACAAAGUAUCUGCAGCUCCACAAAGCAGAACGAUUCCCUGUCAUGUCAUUCCUAGUUUCUCUCCAUUCCCAGACGGAUCGCUCCGAGCGUCCCAGGGCCCGCUUCGGGGCCGGACUGGUUCCCAGCCCGCAGCUGGAGCACUGUAGGGACCACACACACUGUGUGCAGGGGUGUGUGUGCGGAUGAAAGCGUUUCCACCAGGAUUUGGAAAAUGCAGCAGGGGUUGUUUUUGUGUCUCAGAGCGGAGCGGACCCCCUGCUGACGGUGGGCCGUCACAUCAAACCCAGACAGUUGGUCCUGCAGGAAUGCAGACUGGAUGUAUAAAUAUACAAACAUUUAUUCUGAUUUAUAGCUUAAUAUCAGCUUUAUUACCUUUUGAGGUUGAUGAGAAUAUGUUAAAGUUGGAUAAAUGAGGAAUUCCCACUUGUAUGUAUGGAAAGACUUUUUGUCCAUCUAAUCCAAGAUGAAGUUUAUUAAGAUUCCACAAAAUGGCCUCUGUAUCUUAACCAGGCAAGCAGCCAUCACCGUGACGGAGCUCAGAAUCAGACAAGAUUCAGUUGCUCAGCAGGUCAGACAGAAAAAUCUGAUUUAAAAUUUUUUUUCAUUAAAUGCAUCAAACAUAAGACCUCCUGCUAUUUUCAGUCUGCAUUCCCACCUAUUACAGCCCAGACCUUUGAUGAUCAUUUUAAAGUUAGAUAAAGUUCAGGGAACUGAGCUGUGAUGUAUAUAUCAGAGAGCAGUUUGUAUUUCCUCUGGGUUUAUAUAUAAGAAAACUGCAACACAUUUUUUUCUCUUAAGAUAAAAAAAAAUAUUAAAAACUGUCCAGGAAGAGUCUGAUUAGUGCAUUUCUUUUACUAUAAAUAAAGGCAUUAAAUAAAAAUGUACACAGAACUUCAAUUCCAUGCAAAAUUUUCUUUAUUUAAUAAAGUAAAAAAAGCAAAGCGGAUCAUGUUUGUGCUACCCACUGUGGGAAAAUGGUUGAUUUUCCUGGCAGAAAUAGUUUUUAUUUAUUUGUUAUUCUCUUUUAUCCAUCCGUCAUUGUUUCAGACAACAACACAAACCAUGAAGAUGUUUGUUUUUAGCAUUUUAUGGAAUUCCAACAUCAUAUCACAGCAGUCACAGACCGCCUGCUCAUUUCUAUUUGUUUUCAGACUGUCAGACUAAACGGUCAGUCAGACAGGAUCUGUGUUAAAAUCCUGUUUAAGCAAAUAGUUCAGUUAAGAUCUGAGUGACUACUGGCCUAAGGGAACUGAUCCCAAACCAUUUUUUUACCGCUAAGUUAAACUGUAGGCAUAAUAAAUAAAUGUUUGUACUGAGCAUACCUCCAGUCUUCAUUCUAUUUCCAGAACAAUCCUGAUCCAUGAGUGACAUUCCUGAGAUUUGACCAUCCCAAACACAGAUGAUUCAUUCCUGAAGUUCCAUCGCUGUGAGAGCGUAACAUGGAGAUGUGAGAGAUGAUUGGCUGCAGAUGCAGCAGCGCCUUCAUCAGAUUAAAGGAGCCCGCUGGCCUGCCUCCCUCUCACCGUCCGUCUGUUACCGCAGUGACGUUGCCGCCAAGCAACCAAACCCUGUCAGCAUCUUAUUUAUUCUGCACAAGAGUGAAUCAUAACCUGCAUUUAUUUUACUAUCUGGUAUGCUUGUUGACUCCCUGCAUUGACGUUCCAUUCCUAUUUUGUAUAUAUAUGUGGCUUUCGAAGAGGCUCAAUGCAAUGUUGUGGUUUCUAAGGACAUUUCAGCACCUUACCAAGAGCUUUAGCUUUCCCAGUAUCCCACAUAUGCUUGACAUGGGUAAACAAGUGUGUGCAAUAAUUUGAGGAAAAAACAAACAGAAAAACAGAGGUGUUGUCAUCCAGGAUGUUGCCCGUUCUUUGACAUGUUACAUUGCUUUGGUGUUGAGUUCAGAGGCUGGAUCAGCAAGCAGCUUGUUGCUAAAGCCAUCUCCUCCAAGACCAGCACUGCGAGUGACCAGAGCACAUCACCGGCAGGCAAGAGUGUUCCUCAACUCACUACAUGAUACUUCCUUGUGUAACCUGCAGUGUCAAAGUUCAUGCACAAUGGCAAUAAAAUCUUGGUUGUUUUGCCCAA